AUGAGCUUUGAAACCAUAGCACUCACUUUCUUCAUCAUUCUUCAAGGUUGCCUCGUUUUCAUCUUGCUUUUAUUGGCAGUUUUUUUGUACAAAUGUCUCCAGAGCAAGAAUGAUGAAGAAACAGAACACAUGCCUUGUAUAGAUGGUAACAGAGGUGAAGGUUGUUUUGCUGCAAGUGCAGAGAUGAACAAUUCAACAGAACCAGGAAAGACUAUGCUCAUGCAAAUCAUAGACAUGGAUACACCGGUGAGGCCUGGCAUUCUUGUCCAGAGACCGGCUAAGGAAGUGAUGGACACACCCUUAGAUAACAAGGAGGCCAUGGAGGAGAGAAAAACUGUACAGAACCGAAAUCAUGAGAAUGCUAGGGAAUCUGGCCAAGAGGGUGAGGAUUUGACAAAAACUGUUGAAAACCAAAAGAGAGCUUUGAAAGGAGUGACGUUUUCUAGGGAGGUAAUUGUUGUGGAUCUUGGGAAGGAUGACCCUAGACCUCAAAGCUACACUCGAGAACAUAAAGAAAGAAAAUGA